ACGCGCAGUCGGUGCUGGCCAUUGGGACGCCAAAAGGACAGGAGGGGAUGUGUUGUUGUGCUGAUGGCUCUCAUUCUUCCUCCUAUAAGAACUCGCUUUUUAUUUCAAACGGAAACGCAGGUGUAGCCUCCUCAUCCCCUCCCUCCACACCAUCAACAUACUACUUAUCCCAGUUUUCCUUGCGCCGCAUCUCUCCCUCCAAGUCACCAGAGGAGGAUUUUUACGCGCCGGAUGGGAAGAAUAUCAUUAUGUUAAAUGAAAUGUGGCGCGUCUCUUUUGUGCACCGCCUGAUGCCGCCGCUGUGAAUGUGUGCCACCCAGCACAGAUGACCUGAGCCGGGCGGCAGAGGCAACUACAGCGCUUGUUCCUUAAAGAGAAGACUUUUUGAUAACCAUGGCUGACCAGUACAGUAUGUUUCUCACCACUGCGCCCCCCCUCCGGCGUGGAAGCACACCGCUGCCUCUCAAACACCAGCUGCGAAGGGAAGAGGCCGUGUCUGAGGACUGCGAUUGGAUCCCGGGCAUUGAGGAGCCUGCCACGUUGCCUAUCAGUGACACAGCGGUGCCUCGAGAUGAGUCCUUCAGCCAAUCAGCCACCGCCCAGUCGACUUACCACAGCCACGGCGGGGCAUUGAGGAUAGUGUUACUGGGACAGAAUGGCGUGGGGAAAUCGUCACUAGCCUUAUCUCUGGCUGGGCAGUCUGACAGAUCCCUCUCUAUAGACUCUGAGACCCAAGCAUGUGGCGAAGGCUAUGAGUGCUCAGUGACCGUCGACGACGAAGACAGUAAAGUCAUAAUCUUUGACAACUGGAAACAGGACCUGUCCACUCUACAGUGUGAUGUGUGUAUCCUGGUCUUCUCAGUGACUGACAGGCGAAGUUUCCACCGCACCGCCCAGCUCCGCCUCCUCCUCAGGGAGUCCCAGCCACACACACCAAUCAUCCUGGUGGGCAAUAAAAGCGACCUUGUCCGCUCCCGUGAAAUCAGCUCUGAGGAGGCCCAAUCCAGCGCCAUGAUGUUCGACUGCCUCUACAUGGAGCUCUCGGCUUCCCUGGACCACGGCACCAACGAGCUGUUAGAGGCCGCAGUUCGGACCGCGAGGGGUGACUGCGUUGGCCCUGGCUGGACCGACGGCGACCCCGGGUCAGGCCGCAGGGAGAGCCUGACCAGCAGGGCCAAGCGCUUCCUGUCGGGGCUGGUACCACGCUCAUAUGGGCGGGACCGUGACCGGGAUCGGGGACGCUACCGGGAGAUGAGCCGCCACCGGGGCAGCAAGAUCCUCCGCCAGAAGUCUCGCUCCUGCCACGACCUCAGUGCACUGUGACCAUAUACAUACACGAAGAGACACACUCCUGCACUUGUACACACACACACCAGAUUGAAAGGAGAGGGAGAUGUUAAAACCAUAGAAGAAGUGGGAACAUUCAAGGGGUGGAAAGGCAGAUUAAGGUCAAAAAGGAGAGAAAGCAGGAGAAAAAGUUAAGCUGAAAUCAUCCUGGAUCGCAGCACUGAACCUUUAUCUCUUCCCUAUCACUGAAAGCAAUUUUGCAAGACGAAAAGGCCAGCUGGGAGAGAAAAAACAGACAAACAGAUAAGGGGGCGAACUUGAUUUGGUGCUCCAGCUUGAAGCAGCAACGCUCAUUACCUGAAGAGAGCAGGAGAGCAAAAAUUAGUGACACUGGAGAGAGUCACGUAAAGAUGCUGAUUGGAAGUUUGCUGUCGGAGGGAGGGGAUGGGGGUCACAAAUAAUCACACACCUGAGUAGCACGCACUGAUUACGUAGAGACUGAUAGCAGUCUAAUGUAUACCUAUUGUGAACCCUGUUUUAUAGCAUGCCGAGUAGACGAUCUAAGACAAGACCCUGUAGGUUUUACAAUUCCUUGAUUGACUGAACCUCAGUGGCUGAUAGCUAAUGCACAAUCCAGCUAGUGUCUCUAGCAACGCCAUCUCAAAGGCAAAACCCUUUAUUUAUAUGGAAAAAAAUGCUCCUUGCAUUUUUUUAGCCACAAUCUUCACACCACAUCCACCUUUUGUGUCCUGUUUUGAAGUGUUCCAUAAUACCACCAAUGGCAUACAUCUGUCAUUUUUUAUACAAGGCACCCAAGCCAUAUAUCUGCUGAAUGCAUCAUGAGCAAUCAGCACAAAGAAUCUUUUACCGAAGGAGCGAACGGAAAAAAAAAAAAGGUCAGAGUGGCUAUAAGGAAGAAGAUGUAAGCAGAGCUGACCAGACUGAUCUUUUCUUCAGUCACUGAACGAUGUUCUUGAAGCACAGGAGGACAAACAAGAGAAAACCUAAUCUACCUGUGGCUGUUUGAUGUUUUUCCUUUUUUUUUUCUCUUUCUACCCACUGGCAUCAGUAUGUGUGUUGAGACUGAAUUCUGUGGGGGCUGGCCACACAGGUGACCCAUAACAGAACGUUCUGGAAACGUUGUUUGGAUAUCUUGUCAAGCGUGGCCGCGUCACCGACACACUCGUUUGUCACAGUCUACUAAACACUCGUCUUUCCACUGAGAAUAAAUUAAUUUUUGUUUGACAUCC